AGCCCACCUCGGGCAGGAAGCCCUGCCUCCAGCCAGGCCGCGGCUCGGCGGCCCGCUCGCGGCUCUCCUCCCAUUUUUGCCCAGGAGGAGUCAGGGCUGACUGUGAGGGACAAUGAGUUGGGGCUGAUAGAGGAGCUUCUCUACAGUGAAGCGGCGCCAUCUUGCAGUACGGACGAAAAGGUGUGGCGGGCGCCAUUUUGCACUUGGCCGAGAGAUGAGAAACGCCUUAUUGCAUUUCCCCUCCUGGGCGCCGCCAUUUUAGGUUACGGCAUAGCCUCCGCCUUCCUAAACGCAAUCUCAUUGGGCGCCGCCAUUUUGGCUUACGAACAAGACAGCGACCCGCAGGGGUCCUCACCCCCUCCCUUCCUCCCUUUAGGUGCCUUCAUAAAAUGCCCGUCGAGAAUCCCCUCUUUUUUCGCCCCGCUCCCAAGAUGGCGUCGAUGCGGGAGAGCGACACCGGCCUGUGGCUGCACAACAAACUGGGCUCCACGGACGAGCUGUGGGCGCCGCCGAGCAUCGCCUCGCUGCUCACGGCCUCGGUCAUCGACAACAUCCGACUCUGUUUCCACGGCCUUUCCUCGGCCGUCAAGCUCAAGCUGCUCCUGGGGAUGCUGCACCUGCCCCGCCGGGCGGUGGAUGAGAUGAAAGGGGCACUGACUGAAAUUAUCCAGCUCGCUACCUUGGAUUCAGACCCCUGGGUCUUAAUGGUAGCUGAUAUUUUAAAAUCCUUUCCAGAUACUGGCUCCCUUAACCUUGAUCUUGAAGAACAGAAUCCCAAUGUUCAAGAUAUUUUAGGAGAGCUUAGAGAGAAAGUAAGUGAAUGUGAAACUUCAGCUAUGUUGCCGUUGGAAUGCCAAUACUUAAACAAAAAUGCCUUGACAACACUAGCUGGGCCACUUACACCCCCAGUGAAACAUUUCCAGCUGAAAAGGAAACCUAAAAGUGCCACACUCAGAGCUGAACUCUUGCAGAAGUCUACAGAAACUGCUCAGCAGCUCAAGAAGACUGCAGGAGUGCCUUUCCAUGCCAAAGGCAGGGGACUGGUCAAGAAGAUAGAUACAACAACACCACUCAAAGGAAUACCAAAACAAGCUCCGUUCAGGAGUACUUCAGCUCCCAGUGUUUUUAGUCCUUCUGGAAACAGAACUCCUAUUCCUCCUUCAAGAACACCUUUGCGCAAAGAAAGAGGAGUAAAGCUUCUAGAUAUCUCUGAGCUGGAUAUGGUAGGUGCUGGCCGUGAAGCAAAGAGAAGAAGAAAGACACUAGAUACAGAAGUUGUGGAAAAGCAAGCCAAAGAAGAAACAGUAGUAGAAAAUGCUACCCCAGAUUAUGCUGCUGGCCUUGUAUCUACACAGAAACUUGGCUCAUUGAACAAUGAGCCUGCACUACCUUCUACAAGUUAUUUACCUGCUACCCCCAGUGUGGUGCCGUCUUCCUCCUAUAUCCCAAGCUCUGAAACACAGCCAGCUGGCUCUGCACGAGAGGCCUUGCAGACCAACAGACAGACGGAAGAGCCUGCAGCUCCAAAUGCUACUACAACUCUUCCUGCACAGUUCAAACAAAGAACACCCAUGUACAACAGUAACUCUAAUCCCCCUGCAGCUACACCUACCUCACCCCUAACACCCACCACACCUCCUGCCAUCUCCCCUGCGGCACAGGCACCACAAGUGGCCCCCCAAACUCAGCAACAGCCACCACCGAAGAAAAGCCUCUCUCUCACAAGGGAGCAAAUGUAUGCUGCACAGGAAAUGUUCAAGACUGCAAACAAAGUUACAAGGCCAGAAAAGGCUCUUAUACUUGGAUUCAUGGCAGGAUCCAGAGAGAAUCCUUGCCAAGAGCAAGGUGACAUCAUCCAAAUUAAACUUAGUGAACAUACAGAAGAUUUACCAAAGGCAGAUGGCACGGGCAGCACCACUAUGUUGGUUGACACAGUCUUUGAAAUGAACUAUGCUACUGGUGAAUGGACCAGAUUCAAGAAGUACAAACCUAUAACUAAUGUUUCCUAAGAGAUGCAGCAGCAGCAGACUGGACCAAAUCAAGUUUAGAGUCAACCAGCUCAUAGAGUAUGUCAACUGUACAAAAUGGCAUUCAUGUGUACAUUUCUUAUUACCCUCCAGAGUAGAAGCUGUGCUCUUCAACCAAACUGAGCUCAGUGAACACAGAAGUGUUUGAUGGUGUCAAACUCACUUAAUUUCUUUUUUUAUUAAUCUUGGGAGAGGGAAAGAUGAUCUUGGGGGAGGGAGGGACAUUGUUGGUGUAUUUUUGUUCAGGAUGCUGAAAAAGGAGAUCACAGCUGAAAGGUUACAGAUGGGAGCGGUUUAAUGCUACGUACCAGAAGAGAAGACUACUGCGCAGUCACUCACGGUUUACUGUUAACUGAGGGCACAGAUCUUUAUUAUAAAAGCAUUUUCUUUGGCAACAUGAGUUCUGUCGUAAGAAUGGAUGUAUGAAGCACCACAGGUCGGUACUUGAUAAUUUUGUAUUUCAGCUGCAUCAUAACUAUUGCAGAUGGUAGAUGGCAGUGUCUAAAGGUACCCACUGUCUGUUUAGCUUAUUUAUGCUUGGGUCGUAGGAUGAGAUUGAGCAGCUUUGUUUUAGCAGUGGGAACAAAGCGACAUGGACCCCAUUAUGUAUCCGAAGGAGAUUGCUUUAUUGUAGAAAUCACAUCCUUUUAAACCUUUAAUCUCAACCUGACAUAACUGAAACCAAACCGAGACCUAACAGAAAGAAGGCACCCAUUGGCUGGCUCAGCUGCCGUGCUGCUGUCCACAUGUCCUAUCAUCCAAUCAGCUUCCUGCUCUUACGCUGUCUACUCUUCCUCCAGCCAAUCACAAACUCACUGUGGUCAUUCAAUGACUCUCUCCUAACUGCCUCUCACCCCUCAGCUGAUUUUCACUUGUCUAGCCUGCAGCUGUGUCUUUCCCAUGGGGCCUUCAGGGGAGCAUAAGCCUUAACCACUUUAAUAAUCAUAACCCCAUAUCCUACAUCUCCCCCCCCUCUUUUUUAUUAAGCAUGGAAAACCUAUUAGGAAAAGCCUAAACAAUUCCUAAGACAUUAGUAACAGUGACAACAAUAAUAACUAUUACAACUUUUCAAAAACUGUAACAUAGGCUUCUCUGGUGUGAGUAGUAACACUUAACAGGAACAUAAUUCUAAUUUGAAUGAAAUUAACAAAGUGAAGCUUACAACUGCCUAUAUGCUUUGCUAUCACCCAGGAUCUGCCAAGGAGCCUUCUUUUCAUAAUGAGGACUUAGAAGGCCUCUUCCAGACAAGGCUUCCCUGUUUACCUCAAAGGAAAGUGGUCUAGCUUUUGCAAAGCUAGUGAGUCUUUUCUUUGUACAGAAACACCUGGGUUUGAUAGCAUACUUUUCCUUGCCAGUCAAGGCCAUAGCUUGGCCAGAGCUAACACCUAGACUGGGAAGGCUUUCCUAUCAUAUCCUUAAAAGAAGUCUUCAGUAAUAACUUACAGAACAGCCGGCUUUGUCAUAAAUAACUUGUAAAUAACUAUAACUAUGUACAUAUAUAUGCAACUGUUUUGAAAGUACCAUUUACCUUUUUGUCACAAACAAACCAAUUCAAAACUAUCAAAGGAUACAUCUCUUUGUCUCAGCCACACCUGCAGUCUCCAGGCAGGUUUGCUCCUCUGAGGAGGCAAGGCAGAGGUACAAGGUUCUGGUGGCUUGCAGCAACAACACUGGGGCUUGCUGUAAGGGUGGCAUGGCAGCGCCCAUGCCAGGAGAGCCACCUGCUCACUGCUGGCAGCCCCGUGUCCCAGAACAGUGUGGUCUGCACCCCCUGUUGCCUCUGUCGCUGGUUGCCCUGUGCCCUGACUGCCACUUCUGGGUGGACGUAUGAGACAAGUGUUCUAGUGACAGCCAGUGCACUGCCCGUGCUGUUGUCGCUGGGCCACACUUCAUGUGUGACGUUGCCAUACUUGAUGGGCUGGCAGUCCCUGAUGUGCCUGUGGCUGGCCAUAGGCCACCUGCAGUCAGCUGAGCACCAUCAACAUGGCCACCAGGCCCAGCCCGAUCCCUGCCCAGCUGGGACCCCCCUCACACGUGUCUGAAACCUGGAAGUGUGCGGCUCAAGCCCCUGCCAGAGUUAGUAUUAUGAGCAGUAAUUCCUGCAUUUUGGCACGCUCUAACCGUAUCUGCUAUAUCACAAGUAUGUGGGUUAUAAACAGCGAGCAGUGCUUUUCUACAAUCUUGUUCACAUUUGUAAAUGCAAGCUGCUGCAACAGUAUAACUCUGGCCUCAUUGUUGCUGACUUGCCAAGAGAGCGUGGCAUGAAGUCUGUCCAGGAACUGCACAAAUGACUCCGCUGGACCCUGUAAAAUCUGAGCGUAAGACAUACUAGAGUUGAUACCCAUCCCAGGGAGUUGCUGCAGAGCCUGCAGGGCUAGGUGAGUGAUGAUAUCACAUGAGUAACCUGCCUGCACAGGGACUGCAAAGGGACCCUCUGCGGUCAGCUGCACAAUGGCAACUGGUGUGUUUCUGUCCUUCUGUGCUUCUGCCUGGGCUGUACACAGCUCUCAGUAAUCAGUUAACCAGACUGAAAACUGUAUCACUGUUAGAAUAAUUUUCCUUGUGCUUUUCCAGUCAUGGGGUGUGAGGACAUAUGCACUUCUGAUAGACUGCCACUUUCUUUUACUAUAAAGUUUUACUGUAAAGUCUAGCUCUUGGUCCUCUGGGCAUUGGUUUGGUGCCUGUAUUACUGGGCAGGCUGAAAUGACCACCAGGUCACCCUCCUUCAUGGUGGCUUCCCAGCAUUGUUGCCAACGCUGGACUCUCCUGCACUGCCAUCUUGGGCAGGGACUGAGUCUGCCACCUGCUUGCGAUGUGGGAAUUCCACACCAAAGGGGCCAGCCACGCAGGGAGUUUUAUUGGGGUAAGGCAGUUCUGUGGGGCUUGGGUUAGUCUCGGGAUAAGGGAAUUCAGCGGGGUUUGGGUCUGUCUUGGGGUCAUAUAUGGGUUGGGGGAAUUAACUUCCAAAGCUGCGUAAUGGCUGACAUUUGCAUGAUAUUUCCUUUAAUGGCUGCCAUAAUUGUUCCCUAUGUAGCAAGGUGCCUGCAAGCUUCAGCAUCGCCGUCCCUGGUGAUAUCAAAAAGUCUCUGCCCUAUUGCUUGCAGGUUUCUGAUCAAAGGGACCCACUAAAGGGAAAAUCUGUAACUUGAUUAGACAUCCAGUCCAGCAGGGUGCUUAGUUUCACAUCAGCCAUAUUAAUAGAUUGCUGAUGUAGCAGCUGCCUGAUAUGGCCCAGGCUCCUGCUUUGUUCCCCUGAUAUUCCACCUCCCAUACUUCCUCCCACUGGUCUCCUCAUCCUUCCAGUGAGGUGCACGCACUUUAAAUUCCAAGUUCCUUCCUGAACUCUUCCUGGAUCCUGCCUGGCUGGUUCCAUGACUUAGUGGGAGCUGCUACCAGAGUGGACUGCACACCCUGAGCCCCCUUUACAGGUCCCUGUUCAGGCCAGCCAGCAAUGGGAACAAAGCAACACGGACCCCCUUAUGCAUCCAAAAGAGAUUGCUUUAUUGUAGAAAUUGGCCCUUUUUUAUACCUUUAAUAUCAACCAAACAGAAACGUGACAUAACUGAAACCAAAAAAAGACCUAACGGAACUUAACAGAUAGAAGGCACCCAUUGGCUGGCUCAGCUGCUGUGCUGCUGUCCACGUGUCCUGUCAUCCAAUCAGCUUCCUGCUUGUAUGCUGUCCACGCUUCCUCCAGCCAAUCACAAUUUCACUGCAUGUUCCUCCAGCCAAUCACAAUUUCACUGUGUGUUCCUCCAGCCAAUCACAAUCUCACUCCCACCUGUCACUCAGUGACUCCUCACUCCUAGCUGCCUUUCUCCCCUCAGCCAACUCCCAGGUGUCCAGCCUGCAGCUGUGUCUUUCCCAUGGGGCCUCUGGGGAGCAUCAGCCUGAAUCACUUUAAUAAUCAUUACCCCAAAUCCUCCAUCUUGUUAACUCUCUAUAUUGUCAAUGUACGUGCCCAGCGUGAGUUAAUCUUUAUUUGGCAUUAUUUGAGAUAGACAGAAACUGAGUAUCAUAACUUUCUGAAGAAAAACCCCAUCAAAAUGGUAAAAGUAACUGUGGCUUGUUGCUGCCUGGAAGUGAUAGUUUCUUGCCAUAGGAGUCUUGGGGUGGAAGUUGAUCUAUGGCUCUUGCAUAACAAGCCCUUAGCACAACAUAACUUACCUGGAGGAAGGGAAACAACUACAUCUCAAAACCAACUGGAGCUUAAUUUAAAAAUGGCCCUAGAAAUGGUUGAGACAAUCUGAGUAGUUUUGUUGUCUUGAGGCAGUAUUCAUGUAUGUUUGGUUAAGCAGUCAAAAGCUGCUUCAUUGCCAAACCCUGACCCAAAAAGAUUUUAAUGACUGUAGCUGUGGUUCUUACCAGUGUAGUUUUAUCAGUAUAAUUCUUAAUGUGUCCUAAUGUGACCACAGUUAUACUGGCAUAUAAAUGUGCCUUGUACUUGUUCCCUUCUAGCAGAAGAACAUUUUUAUCUUUACAACUGUGUUCAUACCACUGGUGUAAUCUGGCUUUAAUGCUACAAGCAAAGCUGGCAUUUGCUGAGAGGAUUUAUGUGCAUUAGUCAGGAUUCCUUCUUGGGACACUUAGGAGUCUUGAAUUCAGUGUCUGGUUUCUGCCUGUACUUGUGUGUGCAGCUGUGCUUGGUUGGGAAUGCUGCUUAGGAGGAAGAAAUACAAAGAUGAGUAGCAGAGUGGUGAUGUGUUGAGGAGGUACCUUGGGCUGACUUAAAGAUUCAUGUUGAAGUGGAACUUUUAGGACUAAAUGAGGCGCUUUUUUUUUUUUGUUGUUGUUGUUCCUUUUUUCUGAAAAAAAUGCAGACCAAAUCCCAUAGUACACUUGUAUACUAAUAAAGACAUUUAGAUGUUUGAUUAGAAUCUUUUUUUAUUGGGGAAUUUUUUAUUGCAUUUUAAUCUUUGGUUUUCAAUCAAACUACCCAACAGUACAGGGCAAGUAUAAAUAAUAUUUUUUAAAAUGCCCUGUAUUCUACAGUGUUUUAAGAUGUGACCAAAAGUGUAGAUUUCUUAACUUUAUUUAAGCAAAUACACAGAAUGUUCUAGUUCCUGUAACAGGCAGGGUAUUUGAUGGUAGCUGCUGCUGUUACAGAGUGUUGUGCAUGUUUUAGUGUGAAAGUUACUCACAUAUAACCGCCACAUCGGGGCUGUCCUCCCCAGAAUUGCCCAUUUCUGAAACAACAUAGAUUGCAAUUGUGAUUCCAACUUUUCUUUUUAGACAGCUAGAAAACAGCUUGACAAGUGAGGAUGAGUAGUGAAUUUUAAUUUUUAGGAGUUAAGUAGAAUGUGUUUUGGUUGUAACUUGGUUUUAGAGUGUUAACUCGGUGAGGGCUAAUGAUAGGAUAUGAAAGUAUUCAUCUUUUAGAAGAAAGGUUUAAAGAAAAGUGACAUUCCUUUUGUUGUCAGCAUUCAGAUUUUGAAGUUUCCUUGUGAUGACCAGUUUUCUGUACAUGUGUAUGAUACUUCUGUCUUAACUGUUCCUGCUUGCUAGAUGAGCUGCAAGUAUCAGAUAACAGUUGUUAAGAAUGAGCAUUUAGAAAAUCGGCUGGCUUGAGGGGCAUGUACUGCCAUGGUAAACUGUGGAUGCAAGACCAGGGCAGUUCAGUCGUGGUCAGGAGCUGCUGUGUGGUGGCUUUUUUGGCUUGCUUGAGAUUAAUGGUGGUCCCUCACUAAACUUUCUGGGGCCACAGAAGCCUGCAUUUCAGACCUGUGCUUUGGAAGGAGAUAGCUGUCCCUCUGCUCUUCAAGAAGCCCUUCUAGAAUGCAGUGGAGUUGUUUGGGUGCAGUAGUAUGUAGGAAGCUUAACCAUGCUGCUGUUUGUAAUUGCUGCAUAAUGCAGUUGGUCUCCAGGCCUGUUUGUCUAAAGUCAGUCAUAGGCAAUAAAUGGAAUUUUAAGUAGAACUAUAGUAUAUUUUUAAUUCCAUAAACUCAUUAGGAUGAGACAAUUUAACACUGCAAAUUUUUUUUUUGUAAUUAACUCUAUGACCCUCAGUACCUGAGGAUUACUUCAACUUGAUCUGUAAAUCUAUAAAGUGUUUAAAUGCCUAAAGAAGGGGAAGUUUCUGCAACAGGGAUACAGUGAGAAGUAAAACUACAUGGAGUUAUUUGAUUCAGCUAAUUAAAUAAUCAAAUCUGUGUUCUGGAAGUAGGAAUAAUGCCAGACAAAUCAGAAAGGGAAAUUUCAAUAUUGAAAUUCCAAUAUGUUGGAAUUGUUACAUACAGAAAAGAAUCUCGCCUUGGAACUUGAUGGUUUUUGUCUUGAAUCAGUCACUUGGAUGUGAAGCUAUUCAGUGAGGCUCAGUGUGUGCUGUAAGGUUAAAAAAAAGCAUUUCUUUACUCUAGAAUGACUUGCAGAUUUACUGAGUUGACCAGAGAAGUAAUUCAGUUUUCUUAAAGGUUUGCUUUUGUCCUUUCCUCAUGCCUUUAUCCGAGCAUGAAAUUUUAGGAAAUAGCAAGCCCAAACUUAAGAACUUUGGGCUUGAGCUGCACCUCAUCAAGGGGGAUGUCCCAGUCUCUCUUGCCCUUGCUUGUAGAGAAGCUCCUGUCUGUGCAAGCCUAGGCAUGAUAUGCAUUAGGUUCUUUGAUUUGAGUAUGAAAUAAUGCAGAAAGAAGCAGUGAAAGUGGCUUGUGAUUUCCCUGUCCCGUCCAGACUUUGUUUUUAGGGGAGAAAGAGCACAUUCAUCUUACCCAAGGUUCUUCAAUGACUUGUCCUAUGUUGAAGUGCUAGGUUUCUGAAGGCUCCAUUUCCUUUUGUGUGUGCUGUGAGGACCAGAAAGAGUGAAAUGAGUGUAACAAAGAAAGGGAGCCCAAGAAGGAUGCUGAGAUCACAGAUUCCAUCUUUCUGUUCAUUCUUUUGCUAUUCUAAUGCUUUGUAGUUAUCUCCAUACAAACCAGUCUAGGCUUAGUACAGUUAACACUCUCGUAUUGGGCUGGUAUUUUGUGGGUUAACCUGAUUUUCAGUGCUGGCUUUGCCAUUUAAUUUUUCAGUUCAAUACCAUAGGAUCCUGGAUACAGUGGGGAGGAGCCUUUGGUAGUUGCUUGAUAUCUCCAUGUGGAAUUGGUCACUUCUCUCACUAAGUUGUGUCAAAGGGCAGACGUCUUGUCUAGAUAAAAGGAUCUUGAGACUUUGACAUCAUGCAGUUUAAGAGUGAAUCAUAUUUUCAUAGUAAGGUCUGACUGGAAAAAAAAGACUAAAAAAUGUUAAGCCAGAGUCCUCUGGGAAUCUGGUGCCUUUAACAUAAACUAUCAUUUUGUAAAAUGUCACAUCUAUAGCAUAGCCCGUAUGUUUUCUAUUGGUUUUUGUUUGGUUUUUUUUGUACAGAUGUAAAUUCAAAAUAUUCUGUCUUUGGGUACGUAUUUUCAGUGUAAUACAGUAUGUAUAAUAAAAAAUUUAGAUUUUCUAAGGAA